AUGGCUUCGUGGUUUCAAAUCCCCAAGAACUCGCCCUUCUCACUGGCAAAUAUCCCAUUCGGUAUCAUCUCGUCUCAAUCCGCAUCUAAAGUCAAAGUCCCCGCCAUUGCGAUCGGUGACCACGCCUUGAACCUUAGCAGCUUCGCGUCAUCCGGAGGCUUUUCACAACUUCCCACAAUUCAACGGCACCUAGCUGUCUUCAACGAGCCAACGCUCAAUGCUUUUGCAGAGCUAGGCCGACCAGUGCACCGCCAAGUGCGCGAGUAUCUGCAGAAUGUCUUCAGCGCCGAUACCAAGUAUCCCCAGAUUCUGAAAGACAACACCGAGCUGCAGAAACAGGCUCUCCUCCCACUUUCACAGGUUACAAACCAUGUCCCAAUGCAGAUUGGCGAUUACACCGAUUUCUACGCUGGAAAGAACCACGCGUAUAACAUCGGAGUUCUCUUCCGCGGACACGACAACGCCCUGCAACCCAACUACACCCAUCUACCAGUUGCUUACCACGGACGUGCUUCAUCUGUCGUUCCCUCCGGUACACCGCUGCACCGACCCAGCGGCCAAAUUCUAGCCAACCCAACUGCCGAUCCCAAGGUCCCAAUCUUCUCCCCCUGCAAGCGUCUCGACAUCGAGCUCGAACUAGCAGCAUUCAUCAGCAAACCCAACGACCUCGGUAAACCCGUCUCCAUCGACGAAGCCGAAGAUCACAUCUUCGGCCUUGUCCUGAUGAACGACUGGUCCGCCCGCGACAUUCAGGCAUGGGAAUACGUUCCGCUAGGCCCCUUCAACGCGAAGAACUUUGGCACAACAAUCACUCCCUGGGUCGUUCUUCUCGAUGCCCUCGAGCCAUUCCGAGCAGCCGGUCUCGAGCCUGGAAACCGCGAAGGACUCCUUCCCUAUCUGCGGGAGAGGCGCGCCGAAAACGCCUACGAGAUUCCACUUGAUGUCGAACUUACCAACAAGGGUGGACAACCUACUCAAAUUUCUCGGAGCAAUGCUCGUAAUCUGCUUUAUUCUUUCCCUCAGAUGGUUGCUCACCAUACAGUUACCGGGUGUAACUUGCGAACUGGUGAUCUGCUUGGCUCGGGUACUAUUUCUGGAACUGAGCCUAAGAGCCAGGGUAGUCUUUUAGAGCAGACUAAUGGUAAGACACCAUUGAAAUUGGCAGAUGGCUCUGAGAGAAUGUUCCUGGAGGAUGGAGAUACUAUUGUUUUGCGGGGUGUUGCAGGUACCGAGGGCAACUAUGUUGGUUUUGGUGAUUGUGUUGGCACAAUUCUGCCCCCUGUAUCUCACUCUCACUAG